CAAACACUUCUUCAUUUUCCCGAAUGGUUAUCAGCGACUUCGAAUUAGGAGCCCUCGUCAUCAUAUUCCUCGAUAAAUCCCGCGCUCUCCUGCGGAAUUCAAAUCUUCUCCAUCGCAUGGAGGAUCCGGCCACUCCACUCCCAUCUCUCUCGAAGCGCCCUCGAAAAGAACCAAUCUCCGCGAUUUUAAUAUCAGAUUCUGAUAUAACUCCCUAUAAGCAACCGCCUGAAUCUUCUUCCCUUUUGUUCGUACCUGAUACACCUCUCUCUGAUGGUUUCUCCAUCCGCAAUUGUUCAAACCGCGAAUACAAAUUUUCCGGUAAACGAGUGAUAUCUCUGGAUUCGGAGUUUGAGGAUAGUCCUCGACCUGAAACUUCGAAGAAGAAGUACGAACCUGUGCUUGCUAGGGAGCCACAUCUAGGAUUGGAACCUGGAUAUAUCGAUGCAGGUUGUAGCGAAGCUAACUAUGAAAAUGCUAGAAUACCUGAGAGAAGCAUAGGCAAACGGGUAAUAAUAUCUUUGGAUUCUGAGUUUGAAGACAGUCCUCGACCUGAUACUAAGGAACCGCGCUGUUGGUUGGAUUCUAGAUCAAGUGUUGCAGAUUCUACUGAGGCGAGUACUGCUGGUAAUACUAAUUGGAUGCAUGAAGUCUGUGUUCCCUCUUCGCUGACAAAUGAUACUAUCGAGGUUGAUUCUGAUCAAGAAAAAGAAAAUAUAAGCAUCGAGAAGAUGGGUCGAAAAAAGCAGAUCAGAAGUUACAAAACUAGAACUCUUACGGGUGGAGAAUUGCCCAAAAAGCAGCUGUCAAAAGAAGAAAAACUCCUUGCAAUGGAGGAAAAGAAGUUAAGAAAAGAGGAAGAGAAGUUACAGAAAGCGAUUGAAGCUGAGCGUAAGAGGUUAGAGAAGGAAAAGCAGAAAUGGGAAAAGGGGAAGUUAGCCCUGAAGUCUAUUGUUGCUGAGAUUGAUACUAAAGUAGUUGAAGGAUCCAUUGGAGGACUUCUACUUUCAAGGUUCUCUGAGAAAGGCAUUACAUUCCGUGUAGCUCCUAAUCCUAUUGAGAGAUCCAUUAUCUGGACGAUGACUAUUCCAGAGGAUAUUGCUCCGGCUUUCCCAGAAGAGGCAACGAUUUGUUAUGUCUUACUAGUGUAUGAGGCAGAAGAAUUUUGUAACCUUGUUGCUGAUGAAAAAUUUCUUGAAAACAUCAGAAGAGUUCAAGACCGAUAUCCAUCCUAUACGGUGUGCUGUCUCACCAAUAAGUUAAUGCCUUAUGUAAAGAAAAGGGAAAAGGAAGAGUACAAGAACCCUGGAAGUUGGAGACGGCCUCCCAUCGAUGAGGUACUUGCAAAAUUAACUACUCAUUAUGUUAAAGUACAUUCUAGAGACUGUGUAGACGAGGCUGAGGUCGCUGCACAUGUGGUUGGUUUAACUACCAGUCUGGCUUCUUGUCAAUUCAGGAAGAAACUAACUAUGUUAUCAGUAAACGCUAAUGGUGCAUUAGUCUCCAAGGAUUCAGUUGACAAACAUUUGAUUAAAAAGAGUCCAUGGUUAAAAGCAUUAGUGGCAAUACCAAAGGUGCAGCCAAGAUACGCAGUAGCAGUGUGGAAGAAAUAUCCAUCUAUGAAGUCUCUUCUUAAGGUUUAUAUGGAUCCUAAAAUACCAAUUCAUGAGAAGGAAUUUCUACUUAAAGACCUGAAAGUAGAAGGUUUAGUAGGAGGAGAUAUAAGGUUAGGUGAAGUUUGUUCAAAGAGGAUAUACAGAGUUCUUAUGUCAUCAGGUGGAACAAUUAAGACUGAUGAUGUUGAAAACGGUGCUGCAUUUUUCACACAUUAGUGUCGUAAGCAGUCAAGGUUUUGAUCAAAGGAAAACUCAUUUCUAAUAUAAAUUACAUGUUUGAUUCCUUUCUAGUUUUGAUCAUAAUAUGAUAAAAUUUCAACAAA